AUGGAUCGUAUCGGAAGAUGGAACGUGGUGCAUCAGUACCAAAAGCGCUCUCUACUUAUCGCCAUCAACUGCCUAGGUAGCUUGGCAAUCUUCUUCUUUGGCUACGAUCAAGGCAUGAUGGGUAGCGUCAUGGUUUCGAUCGACUUUGCCGUUCACAAAAUGAAAUAUGGCCAUGUUGAGCCCGGGACGACCCAAGUCGUAGUAGACAAUAGUCUACUUCAAGGUGGCAUUUCACCUCGUUGGCUGGUGAAGGUGGGACGCGAAGACGAAGCGCGCUACAUUCUUCUUAGGCUCCGAGGUGAGGAUGAAGCCGAACUCGCAGAAGCAGAAUUCCAGGAUAUCCGCAAUAUUGCAGAACUAGAGCGGAAGUCCGGCAAGACCAAUAGCUAUUUUCAUAUGCUUUGGGACGUCAUGCCGAAGGCUGUGGGCGGUGGGUCUUCUGGCUCUCUUCACCUCGGCAGGCGUGUUCAAUUGGUUAUCUGGCUUCAGAUACUACAAGAAUGGAUUGGCAUUGCAGGGGUCACCAUCUGUUAUUCUGGCCAGAAGGCGCGCUGGCUGGCUGGCGUCAACGACAUCACUUACAUGUUUUCAACCCUUUUUGCCGUCUUCACUCUGGACAAGCUCGGUCGGCGGACCUCGCUCUACCUUGGAGCGAUCGUAAUGGGCAUUUCCAUGUUUCUUUCGGGUGGUCUCUCAGCAGCCGCAAGCACCCAUCCGAAGGGAAGUUCCGAGGCUUCUCAGUUUGGAGCCGCUGCUGCGUCCUUCACCUUCACCUUCAUCUUCAGUAUUGGUUUUGGCGCCACGUGGCUCACAAUUCCCUGGCUCUACCCUGCCGAGAUUUUCCCCCUGCAAGUCCGAGCCAAGGGCAACGCAUGGGGUGUCGUAGGUUGGUCCAUUGGAAACGGAUGGACGGUUCUCCUACUGCCUAUAAUCUUCGCAAACCUCGCCGAAAAGACUUUCUACAUCUUCGGCGCUGUCAAUUUCUUCACGCUUCCCGUUGUAUGGGCGUUCUAUCCCGAGUCUAACCAGCGUACACUCGAGGAAAUGGACCUUCUCUUUGCGUCUAACAGCUGGUUCAAUUGGGAGGCGGAGAAGACCUACGCUAUGCUGCGCGAGCAGAAUCCCGAGCUGGUACAAGCAGCGCAGAGAGGCAACAGUGUCGUGGACCCGGAGACCGGUAUGAAAUUGAGGGGAAGUAGAGGCGCCAGUCUCGUACCUCAGGACUCGACGCAGAUCGAAAAGUCCGCCUCAGAGAAGUGA